AUGGCAUUCUUGCGAGUACCACCAAAAGGUACCAAAUUGACACCAUGGGUACCAGAACUAAUUUUUGUUCCAGUUUCACGCGCUAUAGAAAGACUUGGAGUCUUCUUUUACAACCGUGUAAUCUCUAAAACUGAAAUUGGUCUUUUUGACAAAAGAUGGAAUAAAAAUAUCCACGGUCCAUACUGUCACUGGCGUUACUACGGAAAACCUGACGUCAAAUUAAUGAAUGUCAAGAUUUCUGAACUUGGAGCUUGGUUUGCAAGACGUGAAAAAAAUCCAGGAGCUAUAUAUAAUGAAAUUGCAAGAAAUGUAUGGCGUGUCCAUAAUUUGUAUUAUUCUGGACCAGUUUACAAUAAUACUAUUAAAACAGUCUUCCGUGUUAUCUUCUUAUUCAUGUUCAUCAAUUGGUUUAUGAAUAUCCGAAAAUACAUGGAUUUCCAAAAAGCUAGAUAUCAUUGGUAA